GCUUUCAAGUUACCCAUGUCCCCUGUUUUGUUUUUCUUAAGAGAUUUUAAUCCGAGGGGACCUGAAACUAUGAUUCAAAUUCGGCAGGUUGGUAUGUACUUGCUCUCGGGUGGAAGAGGAGGGCACUUGUUGUUUUUGUUGCAGAUAUGUGAAAGACAAGAACUCGAGCCCAUAUGAUCCCAAUAACAUCUAUCAACAUAUACAAGUCAUUCCCAAGGGAUAACAUUGCAUGUAUUUCACAGGCAAAUCUGUGGCUUCGGAUGGCUAUCCCCCGUUAUUUCUACGCAGGGAAGGGUGGUCGGUUAGUUUUUUAACAUCAAAAAGUUUGAAUCUGGGUGAUGCCCUAGGCUUGAAUGUUGCUCUUCGAGCCCAGCUUCCACCAUUGAACUUCCCAGUCUCACAGAAAUGCUCAUCAAGUGUUAUUGUAGGAGUGUGGUAUUGUCCUUUCAUUUUCAUUAAGGAAAAAGGAGGGCUUGAAAAUCCAAAACAACAAUUGAAGGAGAGUGUGUACUAUAAGAUGAGUUUAGAGCAGCAGUGGGAGGAGAUUCAUAGUUGUCGAGGGCAUGGAAAUGAAACAGUGACCGUCAAUACGACUGUGAGAAGAGAAGAAGGGCUAUUGAUGGGAUCGGAGCCGACCACUGGAAGGCGAGACGACGCGAAUAGCAUGAUGUGGUUCGAGACAAAGGAAAAGAAGAGUGUGCAAGGAGGGCUAACAGGUAUUGGAUUGAGCAUAGCAAUUAUGGAGAAGAUGAGAUGGGAUCAGGAUACAGAAGCCAUUAGAGUAGACAAGGAUGAGAUUGUGGAAAGAGUGUUUCAUUGUGGCAAUGGUGGGGAAUGGACAUUUGCAUUAUACAUUUUGGUUGAGAGGUAUGUGAUAAGGAGAAUGAAUGGAGGUUUGAUCUUCACUUACACUUUUAGACACUCCCAUCAGUUUAGGGAGAAGUGGGCAUAGUAAUGUUUGCAUUGGCUUCUAAGACCUAAUACCACAGUUGCAUUAUUUGUCGAUUUAAGUAUAGUUGGACAUUUAGGAGGAAUAUUUAA